AUGGAUAGUUAUUCGACUCUUACCCCGUGCACCACAGUUGGGGGUUAUACACCACCAUGCCAAGAGACACCAACUCCAAUGGAGGUUUGCGGAUCUAGUUAUCAACAAGAAUGUAUUCAAUCUCUAGGGAGGGAAGAGAAAGACAAAGAUGAUGUUGAUCAUGGUAGAGAUGAGUAUGAAGAGAUGAUUGGGAGAGAUGACUCUCAUGAGAAUACUAUAAACUAUGAAAAUGUUGACAAUGUCCGUCAUGAUGUUAUGGAAGAUCAUGAUGAUGAUGCUAUAGAGUUUCAAGAUGAUAUAGGCGAUGGUAUAGAGGUGGCGAGACAGGCAUUAAUAGUUUACUCUAUGAACAACAACAAGAAUUAUAUAACUGAGCGGUCGAACCAGCAAAGAUUGUGUGUGAAGUGCGCGAAUGAGUCAUAUGCAUGGAAAGUUCGAGCAUUCUCGCAACGGAAGCUUAACGGGUUAUGGGCCGUCACAAUAUAUGGUGGUCCUCACACUUGUCCAUCAGUUGGGGUGAACAAAGAUGACAAAAUGAUGGAUUCCAAUUUUCUUGCCAAAGAACUUCAUACAUAUGCUAUUGCAAACAUACAUGGGAAUUGGGAAGAGUCGUAUCAAAAGUUGCAGAAGUUGUUGUUGGCAUAUAAGGAUAGCGAUCCGGGUACACAAGUGUCUUUUCGGUCAAUCAACGGGGACAUACCGGUUACUAUUAUAUUCAAGUAUGGGUUCUGUGCUUUCGCUCCUUCCAUUGCUAGAUUCGCACAUUGUAGGCCAGUAAUUAGUAUUGAUGGAACUCAUCUUUAUGGAAAAUAUAAAGGAAAGUUGUUGAUUGCAAUGGCUACCAUUGCUAAUAAUGAGAUUUUUUCGCUUGCCUUUGCGGUUGUGGAUGAUGAGAUGGGGGCUAGUUGGGGAUGGUUUUUAUCUUGGUUGCAGACCGCGAUACGGGAUGCGGUACCCGAUUCCGGCAUUUGCAUAAUAUCAGACCGACAUAGAGGUAUAAUAUCAUCCAUUGCACAGUGGCCCAAUGAUUAUGUUCCGGAUACGAGCAUCAAGAUCGCAAACUUGAAAAAAAUAUUGGAUUGCCUUAAGGAAGUUGAACUCAAAUUCAGUAAGGAUCCCAAUCCCAAUAUAGCAAAAAAGAAGCCAUACUCCUAUCUAAUGAAGGAGUGUCUGGAGAAGUGGACACUAUCACAUGAUGGUGGACGUCGUUAUGGGGCAAUGACUACCAAUAUGUCCAAGUAUUUCAAUGGAGUUCUAAAAGGUGCACGUGGACUACCUAUAUCUGCAUUGGUUGACUACAUUUGGUGCAAACUUGUCGCUUAUUUCAAUGAUCGGUGCACUAAAAUAUUGGGCGAUAUUGAACAUGGUCAGAAGUUCAGAAAGCAUGCCAUGGAGAAACAUGAAGCAAAUUACAAAAAAAGGGGACAAGACACUAUCUGA